AUGUUCUUCAAAGCAGCAUUAGUCUGUAAGUGCUUACUUAAUUUUCUACCAUUAUCAACAGCGAAUGUCUACGACUACCUUUGGCGACACUAUGGUUUACAAACGAGCAAGCUCUUUGGUCGAUUUGUAACAGAAGAACUUCGAUUGCGUAGAUCACAAAAUGCUAUUCGAUACAUUUCUAUAUGUAAAAAAGAAAAUUUAACCCCUACAUUCGCUCAUUUUCAUUUAGCAAAUCCUUAUAUAAACAGUAAAAGAUUAAGAAAAAAGUGUACUCGUCAUAUUUUACAGGCAGAAAUAAAGUUCAAAUACCGUCUUAUAAGUCGAACCAAAAAGUUUUUGAAGCAAUUAGAUUUAGAAUUAAAACAAUGUGUUCCUCAUUUAAUUUAUGUACGUUUACAGUCUAUUUCACAAAAAAUUGUUAAGAAAAGAAUGAAUCAAAUUGGAAAUGGACAAGAAAACAAACUCAAUGGAUUACGUGCAGCAAAAUUAAGUGAAAGUAUUUACGGACGUCCCAUUAAUCCCGUAAGGAUUACUUCGUGUAAAAUUCUCGAUCCAGUUACCAAUGUAUUACAAGAAUUGGGUGAUCCUGUGACAAAUCUUUCACACUACACAUUAAGUGAUAUCGAAAAUGCAGCUCUAAUUAACGGACUAGAUCAUGUGUAUCCACCUACAAAACUUGAUGAACCACAAUUUGUAUGCAAUAUCGAAUACUUCUAUGCUCGUCUUUUAAAUGUAAAACCAGCGCAUCGACAUUACGAGCAGAAAUCAUCAGGUGAAGUUGUUCGUCAUCAAUUAACAACAGCACAACUCAGUGCUGCAUCUGAACUUCGAGAGACUGCAAAUUCUUUUCGAAAAGUCGCUCAAUCGGAGUUGAAGAAUGUCGGUGCUGACUAUCGUAAAAUUUUUAGUACUAUUCGUUCUCUUGCAAAAAACGAAUCUAUUAUUAUUACUCGACCAGAUAAAGGACGCGGCGUAGUAAUUAUGGAUCGCGCAGAUUAUGUACAAAAAAUGAAUUUAAUUCUUGAUGAUAAAUCUGCUUUCACUUUAAUAAAUCAUGAUCCUACAAUAGAUACUGAAAACGAAAUUAUUAAAUUUCUCGGAGUUUUAAAAAAAGAAGGUUUUAUUACUAAUCAAGAAUAUGAUAUGGCCUGUCCUUCUGGAUCGAGACCGGCUCGAAUAUAUGGCGUACCUAAAUUACAUAAAAAACGAGAAAAUUAUCCUCUUCGACCUGUAAUGUCCGCUACAAAAACAGCAGCAUAUGGACUCGGUAAAAUGUUAGCUAAUCGUCUCACUGCACUUCGCACAAGUCCGUAUAUGAUCAAAGAUACAUUCGAUUUUGUUCGAAAAAUCAAAAGUUUACAACUUGGCGAUAAAAAAAUGAUUUCUUUUGACGUUACGAGCCUCUUUACAAAGGUUCCACUUACAUAUACUAUCGAUAUGAUACUCGACAAAAUGUAUCCAAAAUGUUCUUUAUCGUGCACGUAUAAACAACGAAAGCGUCUUUGUGUCGAAUGCAGAAACAGGCGAGAUUUUGAACAUCUUCUUCACUUAGCCACAUCAAAAACGCAUUUUACCUUCGAUAAAAAAAUGUACGUUCAGCAUAAUGGUGUUGCAAUGGGUGCUCCUUUGGCUCCAAUUAUCGCCGAUAUUUUCAUGUCACAUCUGGAGGAUAAGUUGAUGGAUCGCUUGAAAGAAAUUGGUGUCUGUGAGUGGUAUCGAUAUGUCGACGAUACGUUUGUACUGAUUGAACCUACAACAGAAGUAGAAGAUAUACUUAACAUUUUAAAUAAUUUUCAUUCAUCAAUCAAAUUCNACGUUCAGCAUAAUGGUGUUGCAAUGGGUGCUCCUUUGGCUCCAAUUAUCGCCGAUAUUUUCAUGUCACAUCUGGAGGAUAAGUUGAUGGAUCGUUUGAAAGAAAUUGGUGUCUGUGAGUGGUAUCGAUAUGUCGACGAUACGUUUGUACUGAUUGAACCUACAACAGAAGUAGAAGAUAUACUUAACAUUUUAAAUAAUUUUCAUUCAUCAAUCAAAUUCACACAUCAAUCAGAACAAAAUUAUUCCAUUCCUUUCCUUGAUGUAUGGAUUACUCGGUCGUCCUCAACUAAACGUUUUCAAACAGCCGUUUAUCGAAAAGAGUCAUUCUCCGGACUUCUGACAAAAAGGAAUUCAUUUGUUCCUACAGCAUAUAAAAACGCGAGUAUAGUCGGCAUGAUCCACAGAGCUUUAAAUAUUUGCUCAACAUACGAAUCUUUAGCCAUUGAAUUCGAAAAUAUUCGCCAAAUUGGCUUCCACAAUGGUUACUCUAAAUCAUUUAUCGACACUCGAAUAGGCACCGGCUUAACUAAAUUUCUCAACCCAUCUGUAACGAAUACCAGCGUCAAUAUGGAAGAGGAAAAGAAAAAGAUGUACAUAGAAGUACCAUACACUGGUGCCACUACAAAAUCGUUCACCAAACAAUUAGCACGAAUAUCCGAAAAACUUCGUCCUGAUCUUGAUGUUCGCUUUUACGCUAAACCACCACCACCAGUCCAAAUUCAUUUUAACACGAAAGAUCCAGUACCAAAACACUUACAGUCGAACGUAGUGUACUCUGUUAAAUGUGCGCAUUGCGAUGAUUUCUACGUCGGCGAAACCGAAAGACAAAUCAUCCGCAGACUUUGGGAACAUGGUGCACCAAAAUCACUAUUUCAAACAAACAUAAUUUCACUCGACGAAACAAAUAACAGCCUAAAUGAAGAAAACAACAACAAUCAAAUUGAAAACACACAGGUGCGCAAAAUGGGACAACACGUACAUAAAACAAUGCGUCAACGAGCGACACCAUAUCCUACAUCAGAAAAUCGAACCGAAGUAACAAUUCGUAAAUCGAGAAGAACUACAGCAAACAAUCAAUCCACACCACCUUCUUCAUUCAUCUACACAGGAAGCGCCAUAUCUCGUCAUAUAAACGAAACAAACCACACUAUAGACUGGGAACAUUUCAAACUAGUAUGGCAGGAUGGAAAUCAUCAUAAGCUAUUAACCAAAGAAUCUCUCGUUAUUCAAGCUUAUCAACCACAAUUGAAUCGCACAACACAUUCCAGUCCAAUGUACAUCUUUCCCGAAGGUCUCCCACAAAAUCUAAUUCCUGAUCCUCAAACUAAUCAUCAAAAUCAAACAACUAUCUCACAACCACCACAUAGUUGA